AUGGAUGUCACAUUUGAACCCCAAAGAGGAAGGCCAUCCUUCACCAUUGAAAUUGGUUACUUCGACAGUGUCCUAGAGAUCAAAGAAAAGGUUCAGAAAUACCAAGGAAUACCCGUUUCCCAGCAAACCCUAGUCUUCAACGGCCAAGUCCUCCACGACGAACGCGACGUUGCCUACUGUGAAAUCCUCGACCAAUCCAAGAUUCAGCUCAUUAUUAAUUCCGAAUCCGAUAAACAUGCUACCAAUGUCAAGCUGGAAAACUCAUCCCCACCCAAGAAGAUCCAGCUCAAUGUGAAGACCCCCACGUCCAAAAUGCAUGUCCCCAUAGAAAUGGACCCAAAUGACACCGUGACCAAGUUGAGGGAGAAGAUUCAAGGCUUGGAGCCGGUUCCCCUUAGCCGUUUGGUGCUGCAUUACACCGGUAACGAACUACACGAUCAUCGAUCUUUGCGUGAAUGUGAGAUUUCCGACAAUGCAGAGAUCGAGGUGAGCUUGAGACCGUCCCCAACAGCUGUUUCAGCUGGUGGGGCAAUGGCGGUGUCCCCCGGGUCAAAGAAUAAGUUGAAGCUGAUGGUGCUGCCCAAAUGCGGGACUAAAAAGAUUCCAGUGGAGGUUAACGCAUCGGAUAAUGUAGGGGAGCUGAGAAAGGAGUUGCAAAAGUUACACCAGAGGCUACAUUUUCAUCUGCCUCAAGAGAGCUACUUCUUCAUCUAUAAGCAGAAUGUGAUGGACGAUGACAAGUCGUUUAGGUGGCACCAUGUUUGCCAGGGUGAUACUAUUGAAAUUUUCAAUGGGAGCGUUACCGGUGGUUCCUAGAAGCCUAGAAUUUAACAUAUUUUCCUUGUCCCUGAAUUUUCCUUGUAUACAAGUUGGCACCAUGAAAUUCUAUGAUUGGGAAUAAUUAAGACCAUAGUCUAGACUCUAGAUGUUAAUUA